UGUCUGUCUGUCAAUUUGUACUGCGCCAUGGCUUCCAUCUCCGUGUCUCCCUUCCCCGACGUGGAGAUUCCCUCCGUCGACCUCUGGUCCUUUCUCUUCGAGCGUUCAGACCGACCCUAUCCACCCUCCCAUCCCCUCUUCGUCGACCCCCUCACCAACCGCAGCCUCACCUUCCAGCAAAUCCGCCAGCGCGCCCUCCACUUCGGCCACCACCUCCAAUCCCAAUGGUCCUGGCAACCCGGCGACGUGCUGGUCGUCUUCGCCCCAAAUGCCAUUGACCUACCCCCGCUGAUCUGGGGUACCCUGGCCAUCGGCGGUGUCGUCUGCCCGGUGAAUCCCAGCUAUCGCGCCGAGGAACUGCGUCAUCCGUUGACCGAUGCCGGCGCCAAAGCCAUCGUCACCACCACUGCGCAAGCCCCAAUUGUAUACGAAGCUAUCGACCGUGUGGGCCUCUCCCGCGACCGUGUCAUCCUGCUCGAUCAGCUAGAACCAUUAUGGAAUUCCAUCAAAGUCUCGGACUACACCGCGCCGCACCGUCCUCCCAUCCAGAACCCCGAAAAAGACCUAUCAUUCCUGGUAUACUCCUCCGGAACGACCGGCCUCCCUAAGGGCGUGAUGCUCUCACACCGCAACAUGGUCGCGAAUUUGCUCCAAAGCGCUGUUGCCGAGGAGGGCCAGCUGGUCUGGAAUCAAGAUCGCAUUGUGGGCGUUUUGCCGUUCUUCCAUAUCUACGGAAUCGGCUUCCUCCUUAACUACACCGUCUACACCGGCGUGCCCAUGUACGUUCUCCCGCGCUUUCAAUUCCCCUCUUUCUGCGAUACUAUCCAGCGCCAUCGCAUCACCUACGCUUAUGUCGUGCCCCCGGUUAUUCUGGAGCUGGUCUCCAACCCUGCGACUACGAAGGACUAUGAUCUCUCUUCGUUGAGGAUGGCGGUCUCUGCUGCGGCGCCGCUGGCGGUGGAUUUGAUCCAUGCUGCCAGGGAGAAGUUGGGUCUUGUUGUUCGUCAGGCGUAUGGAAUGAGCGAGUGUGCGCCUGCUGUUCAUUUCCAGACCUGGUCCGAAGCAUCUACCCACCCCGGCUCCGUCGGCCGGCUCAUCUCCAACAUGAAAGCGAAAUACCACCCCAUCCAUGACGACAGCUCCUCCAAAGAAAAGGAACUCUGGGUUCAAGGCCCCAAUGUCUUCCUUGGGUAUCUGAAUAAUCCCACUGCGAACAAAGAAUCCUUCUCUGAAGACGGAUACUACAAGACCGGGGAUGUGGGGUACGAGGAUGACCAGGGAAACUUCUAUAUCACGGAUCGAGUCAAGGAGUUGAUCAAGUAUAAUGGAUUUCAGGUGGCGCCGGCGGAGUUGGAGGGGAUUGUGUUGGGGCAUCCGGCUGUUAGGGAUGUGGGUGUUGUUGGGGUGAAGAGCGGGUUGGCGGGGAGUGAGUUGCCCAGGGCUUAUGUUGUGGUUAAGGGGGAUGUGGUGGGGGAUGAAAGGUUGGAGAAGGAGAUUGUGGAGUUCGUGGAGAAGAGGGUUAUUGGGUAUAAGAGGUUGAGAGGGGGUGUGAGGUUCGUGGAAAGUAUUCCCAGGAAUCCGUCCGGGAAGAUUCUGAGGAGGGAAUUGAAGAGGUUGCAGAGGGAGGCGAAGUUGUGAUGAUAUUUGGUUACAGUAGUGUGUGGGGUUGUAUAUGAUGUGAUAUGGAAUACUUGUA